CGGUUUUCGGCGAAAAGUUUUCGAAAACUCAUAAAGUGUUCACACCGAGUAUUUACAAGUUUUCGUUUGACAUUUCCAUUAUUUUGAUACUAAUUGUCAAAUUUUGUAUAAAUAGUAUAUUUUUAAUUUAAAAAUUUAUUGGUUUUCGAAUAAUUUGUGAAAUAAAAUGAAUUCUCGCCAAAUUGGUUUGAUUUCCAUACAUACAAAGAAAAUGGAACAAAGCAUGAAGUUCCUGCUCAACUUCAUAUCAUUACCUCAAGGCUCUACCAUGACCAGAAAACGUCAGCGUUUUAUUUUGAAAAUGUUGAAAAUGAACAAAAAUAAGAGUAUGAUUGAUGCAAUUGAGAAUCAUCAUCGCCAAAGAAGCAUGUGGACAAAGAUACGUACAAGCACUUUUUGGGAACACGAAGUCUUAGAAAACAAUGAUGAGUUUUUUAAACACCAUUUUAGAAUGAGCCGUGAAACAUUCGACAUAUUGUGCAAUGAGCUGAAAAAUCUAGAAAUGCACGAUACCAACUUUAGAAAGUGCAUACCUUUGAAAAAAAGAAUAGCCAUUGCAAUAUAUACGCUUGGGUCGUCUGCUGAAUACAGGACCGUUGCAGCUAUCUUUGGCGUUGGCAUAUCCACAGUAGGCAUGAUAUUAAAAGAGUUUUGUAGAGAAGUUUGGCUUGUUCUAAAACCAAAAUACCUUUGUGCCUAUCCACUCACAGAACAAACUAUAAAAGAAAAUGUGAGUGGUUUUGAAAAACUUGGUUUCCCUCAGUGUUUUGGAGCUAUUGAUGGGUGCCAUAUUGAGAUCCAAGCCCCAGCUCUGGAUUCUGUAGAUUACUAUAAUUAUAAGGGAUGGCAUUCAACUGUAUUGCUAGCUGUGGUUGAUUAUCGUUACAGAUUUCUUUUCAUAAAUGUAGGAGCUCCAGGUCGCUGUAAUGAUUCCCAAAUAUACGAAGAUUCUUAUGUAAGACAACAGCAUCGGCAACCUAUUCUAAAGGAAAUGUCAAAAAAUUUAUGUGGUGUGGAUGUUCCUGUAGUCCUAAUUGGAGACUCAGCUUUCAGAUUUUCUGAAUCCUUAAUGAAACCAUUUCCUUUUAGUACCGCAGCUACGGCAGAAGAAAAUAACUUCAACUACUCUCUUUCAAAAUGUCGAAGAGUAGUUGAAAACUGUUUUGGACAUUUGAAAGCAAGAUUUAGAAGAAUUGGAAAGGGUCUUGAUAACCGUAUUGACAACAGUACCUUGAUCAUAAAAGCAUGCUGUGUCUUACAUAAUUUUAUGAAUGUCAAUAACGAUGAAAUAAACCUUCAAUGGUUGCAGAAUACAAACAAUAAUCCGCAAAGACAACAACCAGAACAUUCAACGCAGAUAGAUAAUUUGAGAAGUUGUAUGUAA